AUGAAUUCGUUCACAAAACACGAGAGACUUCUCUCUCUCUCUCUCUCUCUCUCUCUCUCUCUCUCUCUCUCUCUCUCUCUCCCUCAUGAAUACGAGAUCUUAGACAUUCAAUUUAUCCCAUUUUUUCUUUCUUCUUUCUUUCUUUCUUUCUUUCUUUCUUUCUUUCUUUCUUUCCAUGUCUUUAUUCUUUCUCUUAAUUUCUAUCUUCAAUUUCUUUUCUUUUUUCUUUCUUUUUCUUUCUUUCUAUUACUUUCUUUUCCUUCCCUCUCCUUCUUUCUGUCUUUUACUUUCUUCUCAAUUUCUUUCUUCAAUUCUCUUCUCCUUUUUCAUUACCUUUCUGAUUCAUUCCUUUAUUUUUUACAUGUAUCUCCCGUGCUUGCUUUCUUUCUUUCUUUCUUUCUUUCUUUCUUUCUUUCUUUCUUUCUUUCUUUUCUACUGAUUCUAUCUCACUUUCUAAUUAAAUACAUUACAAGGAUUCCUUUUUUUUUCAUUGGAUUAUUUUUUUUCUUUGUUUUCCUUCAUAUUUUCUUUAUUUCUUCUUUCUUUCCCUUAUUUUUUUUCGCUAUUUUUCUAUUUUGGUCUUUUUUUUUUUUGUCGCAUAUUAUUUUACGUCAUUUCUCCCCUCUUCCUUUAUUUCUUCCUCUUUUUCCCCUUAUUUUUUGUUCAUUAUUUUUCUCUUUUUCUUUCGCAUAUUAUAUCUUUCUUUUUUCCUUCUUUUCCUUUAUUUCCCACUUUCUUCGCGUCUUUCUUUCUUUUCCUAUAGUUUUUUUUCUUCUCUUUUUCGUCCCUUUUUCUAUUUCCCACUCUAUUUCUUCCUUUCUUUUUCUAUUGUCCUUCCCCGUUUUCCAUUUCUUUUUUUAUUCAUUCAUAUACUCAGUCUUCUUUUUCUUUCUUUUCUCACCUUUCUCUUUAUUUUUCUUUCUUCUUUGCUAUCCUUUUUUUUCUUUAUAA